CAGCAAUGUCGUACGUGGUAUUGCAGUGUGAUACCGGCGUUGUGUGAAGGGACUGGGGAAGAGCGGCGGUACGACACAAGGUAACAGUGGCCACUUCAGCAGCUACCCAAAACCACAGGCCGGCACAUCGACCGGCGGCUUUUAUGGUGCCUUCGUGUGACACUCUGCAAUACCAUUUACGGAGGGGAAGAGCCGACUGCCUUUAGUUGAACAAUACUAUUAAUAACGAAAUAAGAAUCUAAUCGGAAAACUUCGAAAAUGGACUAUGAUUUCAAGAUGAAGCUAACAACAGAGCGUGAGCGAGUAGAGGACCUGUUUGAAUAUGAGGGUUGCAAAGUUGGAAGAGGCACUUACGGUCACGUAUACAAAGCCAAAAGGAAAGACGGGAAAGAUGACAAAGACUACGCUUUAAAACAAAUAGAGGGUACUGGAAUUUCUAUGUCUGCUUGCAGAGAAAUAGCAUUGCUGCGGGAGUUGAAACACCCAAAUGUCAUUGCACUUCAGAAGGUAUUUUUGUCACAUGCAGACAGGAAAGUGUGGCUUUUAUUUGACUAUGCUGAACAUGACCUCUGGCACAUAAUCAAAUUUCACAGAGCUUCUAAAGCAAACAAGAAACCAGUUCAAUUACCUCGAGGGAUGGUGAAGUCCCUAUUAUAUCAGAUUCUAGAUGGCAUUCACUACCUGCAUGCUAACUGGGUGUUACACAGAGAUCUGAAACCUGCAAACAUUUUAGUUAUGGGUGAAGGACCAGAACGAGGGAGAGUCAAAAUAGCGGACAUGGGCUUUGCUCGAUUGUUUAAUUCACCCCUGAAACCUUUAGCGGACUUGGAUCCAGUAGUGGUUACAUUUUGGUAUCGUGCACCAGAGUUGUUACUUGGUGCAAGGCAUUAUACUAAAGCCAUAGAUAUUUGGGCUAUUGGUUGUAUAUUUGCUGAGCUAUUAACAUCUGAGCCUAUUUUUCACUGUCGUCAAGAAGAUAUCAAGACUAGUAAUCCUUAUCAUCAUGAUCAACUGGAUAGAAUAUUCAAUGUCAUGGGAUUUCCAGCAGAUAAAGAUUGGGAAGAUAUUAAAAAGAUGCCAGAACAUUCAACGUUAAUGAAAGAUUUCAGAAGAAAUACUUAUACUAACUGCAGCCUUAUCAAAUAUAUGGAGAAACAUAAAGUAAAGCCAGAUAGCAAAGCUUUUCAUUUGCUUCAGAAGUUACUCACAAUGGACCCAACCAAGAGAAUUACCUCAGAACAGGCUAUGCAGGACCCCUACUUCCUUGAAGACCCACUCCCAAAAUCAGAUGUAUUUGCUGGUUGUCAGAUUCCCUAUCCAAAACGAGAAUUUCUUACAGAAGAUGAACCUGAUGAUAAAGGAGAAAAGAAGAACCAACAGCAACAACAAGGCAAUAAUCACACUAAUGGAGGUGGCCAUCCAGGGAACCAAGACAACAGUCACACACAAGGACCCCCUCUCAAGAAAGUCCGAGUUGUCCCCCCUACCACUACCUCAGGUGGACUUAUCAUGACCUCAGAUUACCAGCGAUCCAAUCCACAUGCUGCAUAUCAGAAUCCUGGACCAAGCACAUCACAACCACAAAGCAGCAUGGGAUAUUCAACUACCUCCCAGCAGCCUCCACAGUACUCACACCAGGCACACCGGUACUGAGCUGUAGUUAUUCCCAAGAUCAUGGCCCUCGCUGUGGCUAUAGACUGAACAUAUGGCUGGCAGCCUUGGUGUGGCUCAGAUCCCAAGAAUGUACUGUAUAACCACAUUAGCCAACUCCUUUUGUUUCCACAGAUGGAGUAGUGUAUCCACAAUGUAAAGUACUUGGGAUAGACUUGAAAGGAGAGCUCUAGCACAGUUUGUGUUUAUUGACAUGCUGCUUCUAUAGUUUACUUGACCUGCUUUUUAAGACCAAUUACUUUUUCCCCUUUUAUGGUUACAAAUUGUAGCAGUUUAAACAGUGAAUGUACAACAAUGAUUUCUAACUUUGGUGGUGAAUGUUCUUGCUGCUUAUCAAUGUUCUACCAUAGCAAGAAAAAAUUCUUCUAAAAUGGUACUUGAAGAGCAGUUACGUUUGAUGGUCAAGGUAUUCAUUAUGCAUAAUGUACUUUAUAUGGUACAAAUUUCACAUCUGGCUGUAUUUUGUGGUUGGUCACGUCUUUCAGUGUUUUACCUUUUUAAUGUGUUUGCAGCACCAAACUGCAGUAUGUAAGCUUCAUAAUUUAUCAACUGAUUAUACCCUCCAAAGGACUCCAGCCUGGCAGUUUAUGAACUUUGCAUUUACAUUGUUCAAACAUACCUUCACCUGAUUCUACCCCCAUAUUUACAAACUGACUUUGACUUAAAACAGCUGCUACCCUUAAUUUUACCAACAGUAGAUGAACUGUACUGAGUAUUGCAUCUGUGAUGUUUAUCCAGAUUUUCAAGGGAGAAUUACCUUGGACAGUGUUUAUUUUUUUUUGUAUGUGUUGCUGACUUGUGAGCAAACAAAAAGCAUGUGGUGUCUCCAUGUUUUCAGCUUCAGCUCAAAUAUUUUGUCAUGAGUUUAUAAAGCUGGGUUUGUGUAGUGGAUUUUCUUUUUGUUGGGUCAAUUUUUAAAAAUAAUGUAAAUGCUUUUAUUGAGUGCCCUUAAGAUGAGUGUGAGAUGUAGAAGAGCCUUAGAAUUCAUUUAAAAAUGUAACAAUUGUAUUGUACCAUUUUACAUGAAGCAAGUAUUCUGAAAAUAAAUUUUGAAAAUUAUGGUAGUAACUUUACUACUAAAAUUUUAUUAAGUACUUUGGACGGUGUUAUGUUUUGAAUGAAAAUUCCAUAGAUACCAGCUUACAAAAGUAAAAUAUUAUGAUGGAAUUCAGACUUGGAAACAAGAGAAUACUGGAAAAAUUUGAAUCUAGCUUGCUGCGUAUCUGUUUACAUGGAUGGCUGGAACUUUAAGCUGGAUAGUUGUACUGUAUAGUUUUCAUUACAUUUUGCACUGCUGUUGGUUUUCCCAGCUGUUUAAAAAUGUGAAAACUUUCCAUUCGUCACUUCAACAAAUACAUUUGAUUGGUUUACAUAUCUCAGCAGUCAUAAGUAAUUUUGUGAAUACUCUUAUUUGGUGGAUAAUAUUUUUAAGCAUUAGUUUCAGUAUUCCAGACUGAUUUCUAAUGUCCCCUUUUUAUAGUUAUUGCCUUAAUCAUGAGUUUGCUUAUAACAUAGCUUGCCUAAGCACUUUACUUUUUUAUUCUAAAUUGGGAUUUCCAGUUUAAUUAUGUAGCCAGGCAGCCAUAUUCUGCUUUAAAAAAGCCUAUUUCUGUAAUGUUAUGCUUUCACAGCUUUCUUACUACCACAAUGAUUUAAAAAAAACAAAUUGAAGGGAUAGUGAAUAGAUGAGAUGCAGAAUGUACACUAACCCUGAAAGUUUGUCUUAGAUUCACCUGUGGGUAGCUCAAGGGUGCCUCUUAGUGGAUCAAUGAAGGAACAGCAUUGAUGCUGUCUGGGUUGAAGAUGGCUUGAAUGUGCAAAUUUUAAGUGUUAAAAUAUUUAUUAAAAAUCA